AUGGUAGCAAGUGGACGUCAAAAGUCUUCUAUUCAUGCCGGAAGGUUCUCCGACAGCGCUCAUGGCACAAGAAUGAUCCUCGACAACCCUCUGCUCUUCUACACACGUAUCGAUGACGACAGGGAGUGGAAAGACCUUGACGUCAACAGGAUAUUCCGGCUUCAAUGCUUUCGUCAUGGCGGCAUUGGAAGGAGCGUGAAGACGGUCCAGCGCUUGCUCGAGAUCGCGAGGACGAAUCAGGGAUACAACUUGAAUCCUCCUCUCGGUCUCAGAGGAGCAGUCCCUUGGAAGUUUCGAGUGGUCACUGUUCCAAUCACACAAGACAAGGAGGAAGAGUUGCGCAUUUUUGCCAGCAUGAAGCAACUCAGCGACGUCUCGCAUGCACAUUGCCCGGGGUUGCCUUUCUGGCAGGUAGCAGGCAGCAACAACCUGCUGCAUGCCAGGAACGAUUUCAUCAGCCUUGUAGCUGAUCUCAACUACAGUUUGACCGGGGACCGAAUCUCGCUGGCUUUCUAUGGGGAUUUGGAGGUAGAGAAGGCAGAGUUCUCCCGCAGCGUCAAGGAACUACUUCGAGUGAUUGCAGAUGAAGUGAAGGCUCGUGGUUUGGUCCACUGUGAAAUCUCACAGAGUCAACAGAACGGCUGUUCUCUUUCUCCGAAUCCUUCCAGGCUCUCAGGACUCGAUGGUCAACAGUUCUUUCCUUUGGAUGCAGAGGAGUACAAUGUGCAAUACCUCAACGCCUUCUCUGUGUUGUGGACGGAUGUUAUGCAACUCGUUGUUUUCAUCACCUUGUCUCCAAAGCUUCUGCUUCGCUGUGCACAAGUCUGCAAAGCUUGGUCUGUGUUGGCUUCUCACGACGUUCUGUGGAUUGGGCACUUGAACCAUCUGAACCAAUCGCUUCGGAUUCUCGAUAAGAACCAACUGCAGGCAUCUGUUGGAAAGAUCGUGGCAGACGGCCUGGUGACCUACAAGUACCUGUACAAAGUUACAUUCCUUGAGGCAUUGAGGAGGAAGAGAGAGGAAGGGGAUCACUCUUUCAAGGACCUCUCAAGUCUUGAGAGGAGGCUCCGUCUCUCCGAGGCAGGGGAUCACGACAUGCGGCGGCUCAUGCUGCGCGGCCUCUACGGCAUCACCAAUGGAUUCCGCAACGGCCUGAAGGACAUAGAGGACGGGAUCACCUUCGCCGGUCGAGAUAUGAGGAUGGGGACGAUCGGCGGUGCGCUCACAGUAGGGACCAUGGCCGCAAAAGUUGGGAACAAGGUUCCGAUCGGAGGGCAGGUGGCGAAAAGAGCGUGUGCUGUUGGAGGAGCCGUCAUCGGAGGACUCACCGGGGCCCUCGGCGGAUCCAUCGCGGGCACCAUCCAUAAAAGCGCCUGGCAGGUUCCCCGCUUCGUGUCGGGAUGCGUCGCCAAACCGCUGCACAGCCUCGCUGACAUCCUUGAGGAGACAGCUCAUGCCAUCAACCAUGCUCCCGAGGAUAUGUUUGGAGAGCUCAGCGACCAGAACCAGUCAUAUGCCUUCACCAACGGCUCAGAGGUGGGCUGGAUGCAGGACAAGAACGCCGCUUUCGUCCGAGAGUUGGACUCCGGUCUCAAGCUCUUCUACGCUCAUGUUCAGAAAGGCUUCACUGGUCUGUACAAGCAUCCGCAUCAUGGCGCCCAAGCGGAAGGGAUCGCGGGCUUUGCAACAGGGAGUGGGAGAGCUGUAGCAGGUUGUCUGUGCAGCCCGCUAGCUGGAAGCUUGUUUGUUGGACGGGCCCUGGCACGAGGAGUGGCUCUGACGCUAGAGGCGCCCCUUGCUCUUCCUGAGGCUGCCGAUGAACUGGACUUUGAUGAAGUUCAUCCGGAUCAGGAGGCGAGGACGAGCCUGCAUGCCUCUGAAGAGCCGCCAAUGCCGGACGCGGCAGGGAUGGACGCACUCGACGUGUCAGUGGGCAAGAAGAUCAAGAAGUUACCCGCCGCCGCUGGCUAG